UCAGUUCCGGCUCGCGCCGCCAUUUUGGCUUGUGUGAGCUUUUUGGACGUUCUGAUUGUGUCCUCUCUCUGGGUUGGUUCUGCAGACCACAGGCUCGGGGCCCGCGUUCGAGUGUCAGGUUGGAGCCGGGAAACGCCCCUAGUGGUAGCGGCGGCGGGGGCAGGAUGAGCGCGGAGGCGGCGGACCGGGAGGCGGCCACCUCCAGUCGGCCCUGCACCCCGCCGCAGACCUGCUGGUUCGAGUUCCUGCUGGAGGAGUCGUUGUUGGAGAAGCAUCUGCGCAAGCCCUGCCCGGAUCCUGCACCAGUUCAACUUAUAGUUCAGUUUUUGGAACAGGCUUCUAAACCUUCAGUUAAUGAACAAAACCAGGUUCAACCUCCACCUGAUAACAAGAGAAAUCGUAUUUUAAAACUUCUUGCUCUUAAAGUUGCUGCACAUUUGAAGUGGGACUUGGACAUAUUAGAGAAAAGUUUGUCUGUUCCAGUAUUGAAUAUGUUACUUAAUGAACUGCUCUGCAUCAGUAAAGUUCCUCCUGGGACAAAGCAUGUAGACAUGGAUCUGGCCACGUUACCCCCAACCACUGCCAUGGCUAUACUUCUCUACAAUAGAUGGGCAAUUAGGACAAUUGUUCAAAGUAGUUUUCCUGUCAAACAAGCAAAACCUGGACCCCCUCAGUUAAGUGUUAUGAAUCAGAUGCAACAGGAGAAAGAGUUAACAGAAAACAUUUUGAAAGUGCUGAAAGAACAAGCUGCUGAUUCUAUUUUAGUACUAGAGGCAGCCCUAAAAUUAAACAAGGAUCUUUAUGUCCAUACAAUGAGAACUCUAGAUUUAUUGGCUGUGGAACCAGGCAUGGUAAAUGGAGAGACUGAGAGUUCUACUGCGGGAUUGAAAAUCAAAACUGAGGAAAUGCAAUGCCAGGUAUGUUAUGAUUUGGGGGCAGCAUACUUCCAGCAAGGCUCCACAAAUUCAGCAGCUUAUGAAAAUGCCAGAGAAAAAUUUUUUAGAACCAAAGAACUAAUUGCAGAGAUAGGUUCAUUAUCUCUUCAUUGUACCAUAGAUGAGAAGCGGUUAGCUGGUUAUUGUCAAGCAUGUGAUGUUCUUGUACCUUCUUCUGAUAGUACCUCUCAACAGUUGACUCCAUAUAGUCAAGUCCACAUUUGUUUGAGAUCUGGCAACUAUCAGGAGGUAAUACAGAUAUUCAUUGAAGAUAACUUAACCUUCAGUUUACCUGUCCAGUUCCGACAAUCAGUGCUAAGAGAACUCUUUCAGAAAGCUCAACAAGGAAAUGAAGCUCUAGAUGAAAUCUGUUUUAAAGUCUGUGCCUGCAACACAGUCCGUGAUAUAUUGGAAGGCAGAACAAUUAGUGUUCAAUUUAACCAGCUAUUUCUUAGACCUAACAGAGAAAAAAUAGACUUUCUUCUUGAGGUAUGUUCAAGAUCAAUAAAUUUAGAAAAAGCUUCAGAUUGUCUGAAAGGAAAUAUGGCUGCUUUUCUAAAGAAUGUGUGUCUGGGGUUGGAAGAUCUGCAGUAUGUUUUCAUGAUUUCUUCACAUGAGCUUUUCAUUACAUUGUUGAAAGAUGAAGAACGAAAGCUUCUUGUUGAUCAGAUGAGGAAGAGAUCCCCUAGAGUAAAUCUGUGCAUUAAACCUGUAACUUCAUUUUAUGAUAUCCCAGCCUCAGCAAGUGUCAACAUUGGUCAGUUGGAACAUCAACUUAUAUUGUCAGUGGAUCCCUGGAGGAUUCGACAGAUUUUAAUAGAAUUACAUGGUAUGACUUCAGAGCGACAGUUUUGGACAGUAUCUAAUAAGUGGGAAAUACCUUCUGUGUAUAGUAGUGUAAUCCUGGGAAUUAAGGACAGUUUAACAAGAGAUUUAGUGUAUAUUCUCAUGGCCAAAGGCUUACACUGCAGUACUGUUAAGGACUUUUCCCAUGCUAAACAGCUAUUUGCUGCUUGUUUGGAGUUGGUAACAGAGUUCUCACCAAAACUUCGUCAGGUCAUGCUGAAUGAGAUGUUACUUUUGGAUAUUCAUACACAUGAAGCUGGAACAGGGCAGUCAGGGGAGAGACCUCCCUCUGACCUUAUCAGUCGGGUGCGAGGAUAUCUGGAAAUGAGGCUUCCUGAUAUUCCUCUUCGUCAGGUAGUAGCUGAGGAAUGUGUUGCUUUUAUGUUAAACUGGAGAGAAAAUGAAUAUCUUACACUGCAAGUUCCUGCAUUUCUACUUCAGAGUAAUCCAUAUGUAAAGCUUGGACAGCUUUUAGCAGCUACAUGCAAAGAACUUCCUGGCCCUAAAGAAAGUAGACGGACUGCUAAAGACCUUUGGGAAGUUGUUGUUCAGAUCUGCAGUGUGUCCAAUCAGCACAAACGAGGAAAUGAUGGCAGAGUUAGUUUAAUAAAACAGAGGGAAUCUACAUUAGGUAUAAUGUAUCGGAGUGAACUGCUUUCUUUUAUCAAAAAAUUACGGGAACCAUUGGUUUUGACUAUAAUUUUAUCACUGUUUGUGAAACUUCACAAUGUUCGGGAAGACAUAGUGAAUGAUAUCACAGCUGAACACAUUUCUAUUUGGCCGUCCUCCAUUCCCAACCUUCAGUCUGUGGACUUUGAAGCUGUAGCAAUCACAGUGAAAGAACUAGUUCGAUAUACACUCAGUAUAAAUCCAAACAACCAUUCCUGGUUAAUUAUUCAGGCAGACAUUUAUUUUGCAACAAAUCAGUAUUCGGCAGCUCUUCAUUAUUACCUUCAGGCAGGAGCUGUGUGUUCUGAUUUCUUUAAUAAGGCUGUGCCUCCCGAUGUUUACACAGACCAGGUGAUAAAACGAAUGAUCAAGUGUUGUUCUUUGCUGAAUUGCCACACACAGGUAGCAAUUUUAUGUCAGUUCCUCAGAGAAAUUGACUACAAGACAGCCUUUAAGUCACUACAGGAACAAAACAGUCAUGAUGCUAUGGACUCCUACUAUGACUAUAUUUGGGACGUUACCAUCUUGGAAUACUUGACCUAUCUUCAUCAUAAGAGAGGAGAAACAGAUAAAAGACAAAUUGCGAUCAAAGCCAUUGGCCAGACAGAAUUGAAUGCAAGCAACCCAGAAGAAGUGUUACAACUGGCAGCACAGAGAAGGAAGAAAAAGUUUCUCCAAGCAAUGGCAAAACUUUACUUUUAAGCAGUCAAAGUUUUUUAAACUUUUAUUUUUUAAACAAUGGGCUAAAAAUAAACAGUAUUAAAAGAUUAAGUUUAUAUAAUACAUAUGUACACAUUUAGUGGUGUUUUCUUUUCAGACAAUACAGAAACAAAUAGUUUAAAACUAUACAAAAGACUUCAUACUAUAAUAGUAACUUUAAUUUACAGUUUCUUCAAAGGGAGAAGAGAUUCACAUUAGGAUAAUGCUUUAGUAAUUAAAUCGACUUUUUGAGGCAAAAGCUAAUUUAAGGUAAGUAGUAGCUAGUCUAUAUACAGCAAGUUCUUAUGUCUUUUUAAUAAAUAGACUUGUGGUAUACAUUUAAUAUUUUUCUGCCUUAAGAAAAUAAGUGUUAAUCUUUAUCAUUUUGACGCUGUCCUUAUCUCAUAAUGUAGGAAUUUAAAUUGGACCUUAACAGUUUUAUAAACAUAAAUAAAGCCUUAGUCACACUAAAUUAAAAAAAAAAAAAAAGCCUUAGGGGGAUAUCUUA